CUCCAUACUGUUCGGCGAAGCGCAAGAAGUAUGAAUGCACCGACAUCUGCAAAGGCCAUAUCACCAUAAAUGCUACAUGGCCAAUGCACACAUGGGAUUGACCAUGUGGUGCGUUUUAUGCUUGAUCCGAAAAUGUGGUCGGAAAAUCCAUAUGAAGGGUGCGACGCAAUGGCGGAGUCUCCAUAGUCACACAGAUGUCAAAUUGAGCUCCGUACCCCAUCGCCGUGCAAAUUUUGCAGCGCCCUUUAAGGACCUAAAAUACCAGGAGCAGCUGGCAUUGGCGUAUGAAUGCCAAGCAUGGGAGCUGGUGUGACGGACAUAGGGCUCCGUUCAACUCCUUCUCGCCCUUCCACCGGUGCCCCUGUUGUAAACUCUUCACAAUUUUUUUCUCUCAAAUUAACUUUUGAUUAAUUUAUAUAACAUCUUCCCAACGUUGUUUAGCAUUGUCUAGACCAAAUAUGGCAUGAUUCCACUAUCUAUCGAUUUGCAUUAACUUUCAACGAGUGCCUUUUAUUUUGAAGGCGAACCACAAAUGCCACUAUUAUGGAUCAUCUUUAUUGUGGCUAGCUUCACAUAUGUCGGAGGGCGCUCUAUUGCAUGUAUUGUCCGUUUGGGAGUUGCCUCCGUAGUAACAGUCCAGCCCCCUGAAAACAAACCAUAUUUUAAUAACAAUCCAGUAUAGAUAUGGCGGAGUUGUAACUUUUGACGAUACAAUGUUUUUUCUAACGAGUUCUAAGCGUUGAAAGAUGUUACAGAUGUGAUCGCCUACCGUCCAAUAAAUCAGUGGAGCUCGGUCAGAUAAACUGGGAUUUUUCAAUAGAAACUCCUCCUACAGACUACAUUGAUUCAGCGUCGUAUAAUGAUACAUACAUAAUUCGUCCUGUUUCGUCUGAGGUAAGAAGGAAAUCGUCCCUUUGGCCGCAACAAACGGUAUCAUUUUCAUACAAGGAUUAUAUUGCGAACACGGGAUUCAGUUUCAGGAAUAUAGGUCAUUGUGUCUGCAUAGCCUGCUCACUAUAACAGUUUAGCGUUGCUUCCAUUGGAUGUGUAGUCAGUUGGGGAAAACCUCGUGCUACUGCUACAAAGUGAUACGAACGCGGAUUUGUAUUCAGCACUGAACAUGGGCCCAGAAGGAAAUGUUUGAAAGAGGUACCUUUGAUUUCUAGAAAGACUGCAGGGGGGAACUUGCCAGUAUGGAGGCUACCAACAUACUGCCCAUUCUGAAGAAACGCCUAGCCUUCUUGUCAGGAGGCAAAGACAGACGCAGUGGACUGAUCCUAACCAUUCCACUAUGUACAGAACAGACCAGUAUGGAGGAGCUCAGCUCCACGUUGGACUAUCUCCUCGGCAUCCCCAGUGACAAGUGCAAAGCAAGAGGCUUCACAGUCAUCGUGGACGGACGAAAGUCACAGUGGAACAUCGUGAAGACUGUGGUACUGAUGUUGCAGAACGUGAUUCCAGCAGAGGUGUCUCUGGUGUGUGUGGUGAAGCCUGAUGAAUUCUGGGACAAGAAGGUCACUCAUUUCUGCUUUUGGAAGGAGAAGGACAGACUAGGCUUUGAGGUUAUUCUGGUAUCUGCCAAUAAGCUCACACGCUACAUCGAGCCCUGUCAGCUGACUGAUGAGUUCGGAGGAAGUUUAGUGUAUGAUCACAUGGACUGGGUGAACAAAAGACUGGUCUUUGAGAAGUUUACCAAAGAGUCCACAUCCCUUCUAGAUGAACUGGUGGUCAUCAACGAGAGUGAGAAAAGCAACCAAUUAGACAAAGAAAGGCCACCAGAUUGUAACUUCCUACCAUCGCUUGAUCCUGAAACAGUUCUACAAACCGGCCAUGAGUUGCUGUCAGAGCUGCAGCAGCGGAGGUUUAAUGGGUCAGAGGGAGGUGGUGUGGCCUGGUCCCCUAUGGAUGACGAGCUACUGGCCCAGCCACAGGUCAUGAAGCUGCUGGACUCCCUCAGGGAACAGUACACUAAGUACCAGGAGGUGUGUCGCCAACGCAGCAAACGAUCCCAGCUGGAGGAGAUACAGACCAAGGUCAUGCAGGUUGUGAAUUGGCUGGAGGGGCCUGGCACAGAGCAGCUCCGAACACAGUGGGGGAUCGGAGAUUCUAUCAGGGCCUCCCAGGCCCUACAGCAGAAACACGAGGAGAUGGAAAGCCAACACAGCGAGUGGUUUGCGGUGUACGUGGAGCUGAACCAACAGAUAGCAGCGUUGCUGAGUGCUGGAGACGAGGAGGACCUAGUGGAGCUGAAGGGUCUUCAGCAGCAGCUCAGUGAUGUCUGUUACAGACAGGCCAGCCAACUGGAGUCCAGGCAGAACGUACUGCAGUCAGCACACGAGUUCCACGGCACCGCACAGGAUCUGUCCCAGCAACUGGAUGGUCUACUGGGCAUGCUCUGUGCAGACGUGGCCCCCACUGACGGGGCUGCCAUCCAACAAACACUCAAACACCUCGAGGAGAAACUCAAGAGUGUUGAGGGAUCCCUGGCAGGCCUGAGGGAGAAAGGGCAAGUCGUGAUGGAUCAGAUGUCCAACCAGACAACCUGGUCCUAUGGGAAGGACGUGCCCAUUGAAAACAAAGAAAACAUUGAUCAUAUCCAAGGAGUUAUGGAGGACAUGCAACUCCGGAAACAAAGAUGUGAAGACAUGGUGGAUGUGAGGAGACUGAAGAUGCUUCAGAUGGUCCAGCUUUUCAAGUGUGAGGAAGAUGCAUCACAGGCGGUGGAGUGGCUUGGUGAGCUGCUGGAUGCUCUCCUGAAGACCCACAUCAGGCUCGGGGACGAUGCACAGGAAACCAAAGUGCUGCUGGAGAAACACAAGAAAUUUGUGGAUGUUGCACAGAGCACCUAUGACUACGGCCGUCAGCUGCUUCAGGCGACGGUGGUGUUGUGUCAGUCUCUACGCUGCACCACACGCUCCUCCGGUGACACCCUGCCACGCCUCAACCGGGUCUGGAAACAGUUCACUGUCACCUCUGAGGAGAGGGUCCAUCGGCUGGAAAUGGCAUGCUCUUUCCACACCGCAGCUGAGAAGGUUCUGGUCCAAACCAGCCCAGAGCAGGGUGAUCUCCCAGUGGAGUUUGAGCAGGAGACCUAUGAGGAGGUGGAAACGGUGGGGAAGGCUCUACUGGACAGACUCACUGUCCCUGUUAUAUUCCCAGAUGGGAGUGAGCAGUACUUCGGCAGCCCAGGAGACAUGGCGUCCUCUGCUUUACACAUCCGGGACAAGAUGAAGCUGGUGGAGGACAGGAAACUGACUCUGCACGAGGAAGAUGAAGAAGACGUUGAGCAGCUACAGUAUGAUCAGAUACAUGACCAGGACAAAGAACUACAAGAUGAUGAAGAACUACAAGAUGACCAGGAACUACAAGAAGUGGACAAAGAACUACAAGAUGGAGAGGAACUGGAACUGGAGACGGACACUGAGAAAAGCUAAUGGAGCACCUUCAACAGCUAACCUAGUCCCAGAUCAGUUUGUGCUGUCUCGACGACAUCCUAUGGCCAUUGGUGUGACAAUCAUAGGAGUUUACAAGACAGCAUAAACAGAUCUGGGACCAGGCUACAGAAUCGCAGCAGCCAGCAGUCCACCAGAGAUUCAGGACAGGAAAGAACACCUCUGACCUUUGUCAUCAUGUCAACACAGCGCCUGACCAUCACGUGCUCCAGAACUAAAAUCCUGUCAAUCACCCGGUGUGACUGCAUUCCUUCCAUCUGUUGUACUCUGCCUCGCCAAGCCAUAUUAACUUACUAAGAGCUGUUAAAGAUAGAAUAUGGUUCUGAGAUCAACUUACAUUGCUUACCGCACAUGACAUGGAGAUGAGGGGAGGAAACAAAAAUGAAGAGGCUGAAAGCACUGACUGAACUGAAAUGGACUAUUUCCCUUAAAGCUUUACCUUGCCUGUCGCUUGUCCCUCUUAAGUCAUAAACACACUGCACGUAGCCCAGGGCUCGUUUUCAACCAGGGUUAAGGUUGGCCCUGGGCUAAGAACAUGUAGUGUGAAAAGCCCUUAAGACAGUUGACUCAAGCUUUUACAUGGUGCUACUAAACCUUCUAGAAUGUACAGAAAGCAAAGCAUUCAUCUAUCUCUCCUUUUCCCUUACAGGUGCUGUAGAGUUUCUAGGCCGUUCUCUUUGUCAAACUGCCUUGUUUGACUAUAAGCAAUGUAUUUUAUAUACGUUUUUCUUCCCCCGCAAUACCUUGACGUGUAAAAAGAUGUGCCAGUAAUGUAAAUUCAUUCUGAAGGCGUUUGAAUAAGGCACUAACUGCCCAGCCGACUGUUUCCGGUGUAGACAGACUGUUGUAUGUUGCGCAGAUGGAUGGGUGCCGUCAACCAGCUUGUAAGACAUUUAGGCUGUGUUACUUGUAUGCAUCAAGGUACAAUGUAAAAUCAGAGCUUUGUUAUAAGCCUAGAUUAGAGUGGUAGAUCCAGGGCUUUUGUUUUUAUUAAUAAAAUGGGAUUUGGAAAAAUGAUGCUUCAUCUCUUCAUAGUUGUCAUUCUAAUGUAUACAUAAAGUACAUACGCCGUUUGCAUUGUGAGGCAUGCUAUUGAAAUAUUAAUUAUAUUUAUUUUGUUUUGUAUAUUAUGUAUUUUACAUAUCAGUGCAAGUCAUAAUGCUUGUUGUUUUUAGGUUUGCGAGGCUAAUCAUGUAUUUCUUGAAAAUUGGGGUCCUGCGAAAUAAAGAAGCAAACAUUUGAAAGA